AUUUAACACUCAAAUUAUUAACAUCAAAUUCACCAGAUUAUCCACGUCUCACAAAUCACAAUUGAAGAAGAGCUUGGCGAUCAACAUAAGCUUAUAAGCUUCAGGUGCAAUUGUCGGCGGUGAAUCAUGAUGGAAAUCUAGUUUUUCGACAAGUCCAGACGAUGGAUUAUCGAAGAGUAAAAAGAGCUGGACGCUUUCGCUGGGAAGUGUUAAUCGAGUGGUAGGAAUUGUCGGAAGAGGAAGCGACAUGGGAGAACUUACAACAUAUCCACAACCAAUUCACCAACUUUAUGAGGACAAGAAUAUACUUGAAGGGGACAAAAAUGAUGCGGACGAGGGCCGACGCUUAAGAACGCAUACAACCAACAACGACGAGCUCAUAUCAAGGCACAGGGAUAACAUCUAGCAUGGGCGCACAGCGGCUCGGGGGAGCAGGCCACCAUAGUGACGGGCUCGAGCAAUUGAGUUCGGACGAGGAGCUGAUCGUGUUUUAUUUAUUCUAGAGGGUGAUUCCGUUUAGUUUAUCAUUUGUUAGGACCUAUUUAUAAUUUUCAGUAUUCUUCCUUGUAUUGGCCGAAAAUCUCGGCAUAUUUUGUGCCGACGGCCGUCCGCGGUAUCACAAUUCAUACGAUCUUCAUCAAGCUGAAGCUCUUCUUUUGAACUGUGUUGUCUAUUUACGUUGGACGGUCUAAUUGCUAUUGUCUUGCGCCAGUGAGACGCUAUGCUGUUUAUCCAAUCCUAUUCUCUCUUCCUUCUACUGAUACUUCGUUUUUUGAGGCAGUGAAGCGUGGAGUUCGUCGUUUUUCAAAACAAUAUGGACCUUGUAGAAAUUGCCUGAAUUUGUAAACUACUUCAAUUUCCCUUUGCAGAGUUUGCCUGUGAAUUGAGGAUAUGAGAUACUCGUCGGAAUUCAUUACACACGGGAUAUCACAGCUUGGAGUUUAGCAUUACUUGCAUUUCCCUCAGCAAUGGGCUACUCUCUCAAAAUUCAGACCUUAAUUCAGAUUGUGAAAAGGAAAUGGCUGCUGUUGGUGGGGUUGGUUGUUCUUACUCAUUUGCUCUGUCAGUCUUUGCUGCUUACUGAGUCACCCAAGCACUCUCCUUCUCUUAAGACCUUGACUAUUGACAUUCAUCAUGAGGAUAGUGCCUCAAGUCUCCAUAAUGAAUCUCUAUCUGUGAGGCGAGUGAAGAGCACAAGAAUUCGUGACAUGGAUGCUGAGGAUAAUGAGGGAUUUAUGAAAAUUGACAAGGAAGAUAAAACGGAUUCUGAUUUGGAUGCCAAUGGCAUUGAUGAUGAUAUUAAUUUUGUUGAGGAUGAAACCCUAGGUAAUGUGAAUAUGGACGUGGGGAAGGAUUAUAUGAUUAAGCCAAGUGAUAGGGAGCAUGAUCAUCAUCGUUCUUUGCAAGUUGGGAAAAAUGUAUCUAGCCGGAGAUUUUCUCUGGGUCAACUCACGAAGGUGAAUUCAGCUGCUGUCUUAGAUUCAGAAAGUAGUAAGAUUUCGGACAAAGAUGUCAUCAGCAGUUCUGCUUCUUUAUCGCCUUUGGUUGUCUCACCAGCUAAACCUUUGUUGAUUGAAUCCGCGGUUCAGAAAGAAUCAGAAUCUGUAAUUAACCUAUCAAUGUCCAACAAGAUUGUUAAGAAUGUUAAGAAGAAGAUGAGAUGUGAUAUGCCGCCUAAAACUGUUACAUCAGCAGAAGAGAUGGAAAAGUUAUUAGUCCGGCACCGAGCUCGGUCACGUGCAAUGAGACCGAGAUGGUCUUCAGAGCGUGACCAGGAAAUCCUAUCUGCAAAACAAAAGAUUGAAAAUGCCCCUGUUUUGAAGAGUGAUCGGGAACUAUAUGCUCCUCUAUUUCGAAAUGUUUCCAUGUUCAAGAGGAGCUAUGAACUCAUGGAACGCGUGCUGAAGAUAUAUGUAUACAAGGAAGGUGAUAAGCCUAUCUUCCAUCAGCCAAUACUCAAAGGAUUAUAUGCAUCCGAAGGAUGGUUCAUGAAACUAAUGGAGGGGAAUAAAAAUUUUGUUGUUAAAGAUCCAAGGAAGGCUCAUCUGUUUUACAUGCCAUUCAGUUCACGAAUGCUGGAAUACACACUAUACGUACGUAAUUCCCAUAACCGGACAAACCUACGCCAAUAUUUGAAGGAUUAUUCAGAAAAGAUUGCAGCAAAAUACCGAUUCUGGAACAGAACUGGCGGAGCAGAUCAUUUUCUUGUUGCCUGUCAUGACUGGGCUCCGUACGAGACGCGUCACCACAUGGAACACUGCAUCAAAGCCCUCUGCAAUGCUGAUGUCACCACAGGCUUUAAAAUCGGGAGAGAUGUCUCCCUUCCAGAAACAUAUGUCCGUUCAGCUCGAAAUCCUCUAAGAGAUCUCGGGGGAAAGCCACCUUCUCAGAGACAAACACUCGCAUUUUACGCAGGAAGCAUGCACGGCUACCUCCACCCAAUCUUGCUCGAACACUGGGAGAACAAGGAGCCAGAUAUGAAAAUGCUGGGCCGAAUGCCAGCUGGCGUUGCCAGCAAGAUGAACUACAUACAGCUUAUGAAAAGCAGCAGAUACUGCAUCUGCCCAAAGGGCUAUGAAGUCAACAGUCCGAGAAUAGUUGAGGCUAUAUUUUACGAGUGUGUUCCGGUUAUAAUCUCUGAUAACUUUGUUCCCCCGUUCUUUGAGGUGAUGAAUUGGGAUGCGUUCUCGGUGAUUAUUGCCGAGAAAGACAUCCCGAAUUUGAAAAUCAUACUUGCCUCGAUAUCUGAGAAGAAGUAUCUUGACAUGCAGUUGAAUAUCCGGAAAGUCCAACGGCAUUUUCUGUGGCACCAAAGGCCCAUUAAGUAUGACCUCUUUCACAUGACCCUUCACUCAAUCUGGUACAAUCGUGUUUUUCAGAUCAAACCAAGGUGACAAUUGAGGCCACCUUCUUAGUGUGUAAAAAUGUGAAGGACAGAGGUGGAUAAAGUAAUAAAGACUGCAUGGAGAAAAUCAUGCAUUUGUCCUUCAGUUUUAGUUUAUUCAAGUAUAUGCUGCAGUCAUGGAGUCCAGAGGGUGGUCAAAAGACUUCCACCAGUAUUAUGUUGUAUUGUACUUGUACUGUUGGGAGUGAGUUUUGUACAGAAAUUAGUGUGUGUUGUGUGGUGUGUUGUUUCUGUAUGUAUAUAUGUAUAUUGUGAUUGUUAAUUAAGUUUCUGAUUUUGUAUCAUUUUACAAAACGUGAAAUGUUGCUGGAAAUCUUAAGAUCAUAAGAACAAGUUUAAAUUCCUGAGAUUUGUUCACUUGCAUGAUUUUCCUAGGAGAUCAGUUGCAUAUAUAUCUAGCGAUUGUUGAUCUUGUUCUGUCUAAUGUUUCUUGGUAUAAUUGCCGAACUAUGAAG